UGAGCUGUAGCUGGAUCCUGCAGGAACUGAGGAGCUGCUCUGGUAAGGACAGGAUUUGGGAACAAACCAGGGAUAUUCUCCACAAAGUGCCUGGCAGGAAAUUUGUGUUUGUAGCACAGGAGGAGGUGUCUGUCUGUCCUGAGCGUGCUGCCAGCGUGGGAGAGGAAAGGAAAGCAGGGAGGGUACAACCUGCCAGGGGCCAUCUCUCCUCAUGGGGAGCAGUGUGGAGAGGGGGAACAGUCCCCAUUUGAUUUGAAUUUACCCUGCAGCGUGUCUGAGGGCUGGGAGAGCUGCAGCAGAAGCAGAGCAGGGGCUGCCCUGUCCCAUCUCAGUGCCUGGGAUGUGCUCAGCUCUCUGCACUGAGCGAGGUGCAGCUGCUGCAGCUUCAUGGAGGUCUCUGCAGCACCCAGAGGAAACCUGGCCUUUCCAGGGCUCAGUUUCCUUCUUGUGCCACACAGACAGCAGAAAUUCUCUUUGGCUGCUUUGUUCUGUCUUGCCUUUCCCUGAUGUUUUCCUUCUCUGUGGCUCAGAUGGAAGAACUGGUGGGUGAGAGGCAUCCUCACACUGGCAAUGAUCACCUUCUUCUUCAUCAUCAUCUACCUGGGCCCCAUGGUGUUGAUGACCAUAGUGAUGUGUGUCCAGAUCAAAUGUUUCCACGAGAUCAUCACCAUCGGCUACAACGUGUACCACUCCUACGACCUGCCCUGGUUCAGGACGCUCAGCUGGUACUUCCUGCUGUGUGUGAACUAUUUCUUCUACGGCGAGACGGUGACAGAUUAUUUCUUCACCCUGGUGCAGAGGGAGGAGCCCCUGAGGAUCCUCAGCAAAUACCAUCGCUUCAUCUCCUUCGCCCUCUACCUCACAGGUUUCUGCAUGUUUGUCUUGAGCCUGGUGAAGAAACACUACCGCCUGCAGUUCUACAUGUUUGGCUGGACCCACGUGACGCUGCUGAUCGUCGUCACCCAGUCCCACCUCAUCAUCCACAACCUCUUUGAGGGAAUGAUCUGGUUCAUUGUCCCCAUCUCCUGUGUCAUCUGCAAUGACAUCAUGGCCUACAUGUUCGGCUUCUUCUUCGGCCGCACGCCGCUCAUCAAGCUCUCCCCAAAGAAGACCUGGGAGGGUUUCAUCGGAGGAUUUUUUUCCACCGUUCUCUUUGGAUUGCUGCUGUCCUACGUGAUGUCCGGGUACCGCUGCUUCACCUGCCCCGUGGAGUUCAACAACGACACCAACAGCUUCACCGUGGACUGCGAGCCCUCAGAGCUGUUCCAGCUGCAGGAGUACAACAUCCCCGUGCUGCUGCAGUCCCUGCUGGGCUGGGUACGACCCUCCCUGAUCCCUGGCUCGCUCUGGGUGGGGCAGCAUCACUCAGCAGACAGCAGGGCUGUGCCCUGAGAGGUGCAUCCCAAAAACGGCAGUGCAGCGGUGUUGUUCUAUAAGGAACGGGCAGAAAGAGAUGACACAGACUCUGAUGGAGUCAGAACAGG